CGGAUAGUGGACAGAAGUCGUCCAUGAUAGUCGGAAACCGGGUCUACGUUGAAAGCGUCGGCAGAUGAAAUUCCGAGGAGAGAGUCGGUGGGAUCAAUAAAAUCCUUGUCGUAGAGUCGCGCAUGACGGAAUUUAUUUUACGAAUUUCUUAAGGUUAUGAAAGGAACCCGUGUUAGAAAACAGUGUCACACUGAACGUGACAGGUAAACAACCGUGGUAGAUUCACUUAAAUGCAGAAAAAUGUUCGAGGGUGCUAUAGCAGCGUUCCUGAACCGGCUCCUGGGCAAGUACGUUGAAGAUUUGGACACUGAGCAGUUUAAUGUCGGAAUUUUUUCCGGUGAUACAUGUUUAACCGAUCUUAAGUUGAAACCCGAAGCUCUGUACCAGCUUGGUCUUCCCAUUAGGGUAGAAGUAGGGCUCAUAGGAAAGAUCGUUUUAAAGAUUCCAUGGUCUGGAUUAUUUUCCCAACCCAUUAUCCUCAGUAUCGAGGAUGUGUACAUAGUAGCUGUACCUGCUGCUUAUGGUACUUAUGAUGCAGAAGUACAAAAGAAAUUAAUAAGGGCUGAAAAGAAAAAGAUAUUGGAAGAUUUAAGGGAGGAUGAAGUUCAUAAAGCAGAAUUCUUUGAUAACAUAUUCACGUCAGUGACAAAGAACUUUCAAAUUACUAUCAAUAAUGUACAUAUUAGAUAUGAAGAAAAGUUAAAUGAUUCUCUGUGUGCAUGUGGUAUCUGUAUACAGAGUAUAUCUGUGAUGACUACAAACAGCAAAUGGAAACCUGGUGUUUGUGGAAAUAAUGUGAACACAGUUUAUCAAUUAGUAAGAGCAGAAUCUCUCAGCAUGUAUAUGGAUCAUGACACUGAAUCUUCUCUCAUGAGCAACAGGUGUGAUUGGGACAUAUCUACUUUCCUAGAUUGGAAAGACACAAUGCAUAGGUCUCUGCAAACUUUUGGUGUUGGAAGCAAGGAAUUUCAAUUCCUUCUAAAACCUUUCACGGCAAAAAUAAAGGUAAUUAUACACAAAGGAAACGAGGCUCAACCAUGUCGUAUGUUAGUUGAUAUAGUUUUACAUGAUGUUGCGAUGCAAGUUACAGAACAGCAAUAUAUUACUUUCUGUCAUCUUUAUGAUUCGCUGGAACGUGCAAUUAUCAAUAAACCUUACAUCAAGUAUCGUCCUAAUGAAACUGUGUUGAUGAAUUCAUUGGCUUGGUGGAAGUAUGCCUACAAUUCGAUUCUAGAGUACAAUGUGAGACCCUAUACUUGGCCGAGAAUUGUUGAACACAGGAAAAACUACAGGAAGUAUAAAGAAACCUGUCUCCAGAAUUUACUUCGACCAAAUGAUACAGAACUAAAGUUAGAUUUACAGAAGUACGAAGAUUGUUUGACGAUAUUGAAUAUAGUAAUCGCCAGAGAACACGCCAGACAAGAAUUGCAAAAUAAAACUAUGGAAGAGAAGUCUCAGGAUUUGAGUAACGUUCAUUCGGUACAAAAGAAUUCGUCUUCAUCCACAGAAGAGCAAGCUCCGAAUGCCGAGAACAUCGAAAUGCAUGAAACCAAAAUGUUAUCUCAGAAUAAUGUCAAUAACGGAUUAGACAAAAAGUUGAAGUUAGAAAAGCCACCGCAACCUAAUGAUUAUAAAUUUAAUUUCACUUUGGCAAACGCUUGUUUGAGUUUUCUCAACAACAGCGACAGAGAAAUUCUUGUUAUAACUAUGACGCAAUUUCUGACGAGCAUCGAGAUACAACCGAUCAUGUCUGCUUUUAAGGUGUCUGCUCGGGCUGAGAGCUUUGUAGUGGAAGGUGUUUCACCAGAAGGUGACCUGGUACCUCUAAUCACUGUAGACAACAUUCUUACAGACAACGUGUCGACCAACUUUCUGGCAAUAGACUUCGAGAAGAAUGGAGAUAAUGUGGACCCAACUUUCGAAGUUUCUUUAAAACUUGAACCCGUUGAAAUUACAUAUUACCAUCAUGCCGCGAUGGAGAUUAUACAGUUCUUUAAACUGAACGACACAAAUAUUCGUACCACGAUUCUGUGGAUGUACAAGCUUUACGAGUACAUGAAAGGGAAUCUUUUGGCUUUGACGGACAAUAUCAUUUCUCAGACCCUACGGAUCAGUUUCAAAAUUGACAUUAAAGGGCCGUACAUCGUGUUUCCUGAACACGGAUCGAUACAGAAAGGCGGACACAUUCUCGUUCUGGAUUUCGGUAACGUGAGUGUGUCCAACGAACUUCAAGCGACCAACUUGCAGCUCGAAGAUGCCACGCUCAUGGAACUAGAAGAAUUGCUCUACGAUAGGAUACACUUAGUAUUCUCUGGAGCACAAAUCUUGUUCUGUCAUUCAGGAGACGACUGGAGAACAGCCAGGAAAAGAAAAGACUCCGAGUGUCACUUUGUACAAAAGGUACAAGCGAACACAACUAUCUCGUACAGUAUAAAACCAGAGUACCAUCAAUUACCCAGGACCAAGGUGAACGUUUCGAUUUCAAGCAUCAAAUUCAAUCUGUCUGAGAACAAGAUACAGAUGAUCGUUCACUUUUUGAAUUUAUUGUUGUUGACCUACCAGCAAAAUUUUAAAAACUGUGACUUCAAUUGGAAACAAUACAGUUCAAAGAAGAGUUCCGAUGAUACUGUUGUAACGUUAAAAAAGUUGAAAAAUGUUCAGCGCAGCGUAUGCAUGCUAUCUAUUGGAACAUUACAGAACAAGUUUAAUCAUGUUACCAAAGAACUGUUGGCCAGUAACGUGCAGAAACAGAAACUCGAUAGGAGUGUUGUAUCUUCGGAGAUUAGCGAAGAAGAUUUGGAAUUAUUGUCUAAAACUAUCAAUUUAUCUGGAUUCGAUGAUAACGUGUCCCCGUGUAAUCAUAUCAACUUGUUACUAAGAUUUGCCAUUGGAGAGCUAUCGUUUCACUUGGUAAGCCUCAAUCAUGGAAGAGAAGAGCCUUAUUUAAAUUUGAGGCUGCAUGGAUUGUACCUUGAGACUGCCCUUAUGGUGUAUGGUCCAGCAAUUCAGUUCGGAGUAGGAUCUAUACUUUUGGUGGAUAAAACUAAUGCGGGUGUAACAGGAUCCUACUUGGAGUUAAUAUCAACCGAAGAGCCCCAUGAAGUUCUUGUUGUAUCGUACCGUAAGGUGAAAUCGAACUGUCCCGACUUUAAGUCGCAUUUCAGAAGCAUCGAAAGAUCGCUCAUCAUAAACAUUCUUAGUAUUCACAUAAAUCUUCACAGACCGGCGCUAAUGAAAUUGCGAGAAUAUUGGUUCGGUUUAAUCAAUACACUCGAGAAGAACAAUCUAAUCAGUUUCGCAGAGAAAGUAUUCCGCACUAUAGCACAGUGGAAAAUAAAGGAUAAUGAUCCACCCAUUCCUCCAGGUGCCAUCAAGUUGAAUUAUUCUGCGAGACUCAGCGCGCUCGUUCUUCGAUUUUGCGACAAAGACAUGGACCUGUUAGAGAUACAAGUCCUUGGAUUGGAGAACGACUGCAUUUAUAAUGCCAAUGAGAGGAUGGUUUUACGCGCUCAUUUGAGGCACUUAUUCGUCGAAGACUUACACGACGAUACCCUGUAUUCAAAACUCUUGACCACCGAUGAGGACAAAGUACUCGACUUGAAAUAUGUAAGACACAUGCCAAGACUGUACACGUAUUCCGACAUCGACACCAAGAAGGAUGACGUGAUGUCGGAUGGAACUUUCAAGCUCUCCAUUGGAAGAAUUAACUGUGUACUAGUUUCUAAAAUAUUGCACGAUUUAAAGCACUUUUUAGCGCCGUUCCUUUCAACGUACUGUAUGCAAUUUAAAAAUUAUUUGACCGAUAAAAUCCGUGAUGGUAUCAAAGAUUUUAAGAAGAGCGCUACGAAAUUGCACAUUUUUAUCGAUAUUCAAGGCCCUAUAUUUCUCCUACCGCAAAGGAAAGAUGUUCCUAGUCUUUUGGUAUUAAAUACAGGUGUUUUAUCGAUGGAAAAUUUUUUCAAGAAGGUCGAUCAAUCGACUGAGAAUUCUAGAAUCGAUGGAAAUCAUUUGAUAAUCGAUAAUAUCCUGGUGAAAUUGAAGAAUCUGACUGUAUCCAGAGCGAUCAUGACGCUAAGUAGGGAUUUGGAAAUUCAGGAACCGAUAGUAGAACCCAUACACAUUCAUUUCGACAUUAAAAGGAAAACUGAGUAUCGCAGUGCGAUGGAGUUCCAAACGUAUGGGUUGUUUAAUGUGCAAGGUACUAUGGAUUUCGUGCACAUCAAUCUGAGCCAAAGAGAUUUAAAGUCUAGCAUUCUGGUGUGGAAAGACAACAUCUCGAAGACUAUACUAUUCGAGGAUAUGCAUGAAAACGAAACACACUUGGACGUAGAAGAAGAAUUGACGAAAUCUAAUCAGGACAUGAUGGUGAAGAAACUGGAAGACUUUCUCACCCACAACGAGAACACUGUGUGUGAAGUGAAUGCGAAGCUAACUCUUGAAGGAUUACAAUUAAAUUUGUUCUUGGACUCGGAAGAGGUAUUAAGUUCACCUGUUCGUGACUUGAAUCAUGGUCUAUGCAGACUAACUUUUGGAGAGCUAAUCAACACUUAUGCAGUCUACAACGACAAGAGUUUGAAGAUGAAGAUGUCUCUUCAAAGUUGCAUUUUGCAAGACACCAGGAAGGAUUCUCAAGCUAUAAGAAAGAUAAUCCAAUCGCCUGCAAAAUUAAUCGGAGCGCAUCCAGAGUCCUGUAUUUCUGUGUCAAUGUCACCUAUCGUUGACAUUGCGUACACUCGUACCCCUACCGGAGAAAGGUGUCUUGACGCGCUGAUUCAGGAGGUCAGAAUGAAUUUGUCUGUGCCGUUUGUAAUGCAUUUGACACGAUACAUCAUGGACUCGAUACCGGCCGAUCAGAUCGAGGAAGGAAUCAUUAAUCACGGAUACGAGAGCAACAAUCAGAAAACAAACAGGGACAUUAUCAGCAUAGACAGAGAUAAAUUAAAAUACGCACAAUACUUUAAGGAAGAGCCAGAUGCUUCUGUAUCUGUGAGAAUACACAAGCCAGAGAUCUUGCUUUUCGGAGACCUGAAAUCUAGCAACUCGCAUGUGAUUCUACUGCAAGCAGAGGUGACAAUCGAGAGCAGCAGGCACAGCUGUUCGUCGUCAAUUGUUUGCACCUUCACCGAUGUUCGGGCAAAAUCUAAAAGGCAAGGAAACUAUGCGAAACAGACUCCAUACUGGUUACUAUGCCCUUGCGACAUCGAGAUUUGCAGGAAGGAAGAAGCGCCAGAGUUCAAUGCCGAUUAUACAGUCACUGUUAACGCCAUCGACAUCCACUUGUCUGCAGAAAUCAUCCACACGUUCAUUGACAUACUGAACGAAGCAACGAGUUUCCUGGAAAGCAUGCACAUAAAAGCGGAAGAGAAGUCAUUCAAUCCGGAUUUCAAUGCACACUUUAACUUGUGGACACCGAAAAAAAUAUCAAAUGUACCUUACAAGAAAACCAUCAAUGAUGAUUUGAAUCUGCUAUGCGAAUGCAGCGAUAAAGUAGUGACAUUGCACCUCAAGCCUCUGGUCAUUUCUUUGUUGCUGGAGAUUGAGUACUCGACGGAGAGAUUGCCGGUUAUCAAGAUGGAGAACAUAGUAACUGCCUCCAUCAACGAUUGGUUUAAUAAUUUCUCUUUUGAGUCCAGCAUGAAGUUUCACGCAUUCUGUUAUAACGCUGAUUACAAAAGCUGGGAGCCAUUGAUCGAUUUGUGUUCUGAUGACGAUAUUAAUUACAGACCAUGGGAAUUAGUAAUAAAGAUGCGUCACGGCGAAGCUUUCAUGGUAAAUUCUAAUUGGACCGAUCCGUACCAGCAAAUAAAACAAGACGCGUUGAAGACUAAAAAGAGGGGAUUAAAGAGCAUUGAUCAAGACUUUACGGAUAUGGUUUUCAUAUCUCCGGAUCACUUGGCUGUGCCGAAGCCAAAUGAGACUGAAUUGUAUGCACCGUAUGAAGAAGAUUCUGAUACAGAUGAUGACGAGAGUCAGAAGAAGUUGACGAGGACGUCCAAUUAUUUAUUUAAUAGUAAUAGCAGCGGCGACGAGGAUAGUGAUAGCGAUAACUCCAGCACAAACGAGGAUGAAGGACUGGAAUUGACACCGGAAUGCAACGUGGAUUCCUUUGGUCCGAUCGGUCGCGAAUCGAUAAAGUCCAACGACAUGGCUGUCUACAUCACCAUCUCCGCGGAAGAGAAAUUGAAUUUCAUAGUCACCCCGAACUUGAUUGCUGUCAUCGACGUUAUCAUGAAUGCGUUCCACCAAGCCAAUAGUGGAAUACCAAUAGUACCUACCAGCAUCAAAAAACUCAAUCUGCAGAACGCCAUCGGUUACGAAAGUCGAAUAGAAUUGCUUGCUUCGGAAAAUGUCAGGGAAGAUAACAAAACCGUUACGCGCGUUCUAGCGAGCCAAGGCUACCAUAAUGUAGAUUCACCAGUGAGUAUUCCAAGUAGCCCGGAACCAGAGAUUCAGUCUACCCAUGGCAGUCCGCAAUGGGCAGAGAAUGACAUGGAGUUCGCAGAUCCUAAUCCGAAUCUGCAAAAUCACACGAUGCCGAUUAAGGAAAUAUUUCAAGACGAUUCUUCCAUUAGAAUAUACAAGACAAUCACAGGAGAAGUAUUGCGUGUUAUUGUUCAAGGAUUCGAAAACGUACUUGUCUACUGUCCUAUGCGACAAGGUUGCAAUUUGGUUCCAUUGCGACCGAUCAGGCACGAAGUCCGUUAUCAUUUGGUCAUUGACGCUACCAUAGAUAAUUAUUUGCAUCGUACAAUUACCGUACGAUCACCGUUACAGAUCAGAAAUGAAACUUCUUAUGCAUUGGGUCUUUAUUAUAAAAAAUCAUUGUUGGACAAACUGGGACUGACUUCUAUAGGCGUGCCAACAAACCCAUUCGACGACAAUAUUAGAAUGACAAUCAUUGAGCCAGAUUCUACUUACAAUAUUCCUUUAUAUAUAGCUUAUCAUUUUCCUAUAUAUAUACUACCCGCUUAUUUAGAGAAAUACCAUGUCAGCGAGGAAGGAAUCUAUUGGAAAGAACUGAGCGCGUCGAUGAACAUAGCCAGAGACAUUUAUUGCAACAUGAAGGAGGAUGAGAAUCAUUCUGUGUUUUGUGUCAAGGUCUCUUGUAACGAAGUUCCAUUAACCACAAGACCAAGCUGCCAAGUACCGAGUUACUUGAUAAGCAUCCACUCUCCACUUAUUUUCAACAAUCAGUUACCAUUCGUUGUAGACGUGAAUAUACCCUCUAUCAACUAUGAAGUGAAAAUUGAACCCGGGGAGAAAAUCAAUAUGCACUCCUUAAACUGCAACAAUGACAUACAAUUUAUAUUCAAGAUUCAGAAUUAUUUGGGCGGAUAUUGGACCGGCUCAGCAAAAUUGAAUACUAACUUGGAAAGAAAAUUCAUUCUGAUGACAGCGGACAGUGAAUCAGACUUGACCAAACCUUUCCUGUUGAAUAUAGAAUUGUGUAAGAUCACAAGUUGGCACAUUGUUAUUCAAUCUCAAUAUUGGAUAAUAAAUAAAUCUGGAUUGCCUCUGUAUAUUCAGGAGUGUCAUUCCCACAUAAUCAACGAAGUUCCUGAAGAAGAGUUGAUUAUAUUCUCCCAGAAGAAUAACAAGAAGGGUACGGUCAGGCUGAAAGCUCAUCAGUCCGAGUGGUCCCUACCAUUUGGUCUUGAAGGAAUUACUUCGAUGUCCUUGAUCGUGUGCAAGGAUACAGAACGCGGAAGGAAGUAUAGAAUCCUGACGGAAAUCGAGAGCUCACGUUUGUCGAACUUCACGAAAAUCAUAACGUUCUUACCCUAUUUCUACAUCAGUAACAAAACGAAAAGAACUCUGAGAUUUAUGGAGGAGAAUGAUCAAGCAGACUUAUGGAACGACCUCCUGCCUGGACAGAGUAUGCCAUUUUGGCCAAUGACUGAUUCGAUGAGGAUGAGGAUAAAGUGGAGAAACAGUCAAUUAGUGUCUCAACACUUCGGUAUUACUCAUAUAGGGAAGACUGUUUUGAGAAUGGACAACGGAUCAGCUAUCACCGUGGAGAUCAAUGGCGGAGUGAAUUCUCCUUACAACAUCACAUUCCAAAAGUGCGUGUCUGGUGAUAUACCAGUGAGGAUAGAUAAUUUCUGCGACGAUCUGUUUCUGAAGAUCAGCCAGCACAACUUGGGGCAAGUGGCAUUGGUGAAUCCGUUCCAAAGCCUUUUGUACACAUGGGAUGAUCCUACGAAGCCCAGAGAACUCAUAUGGAAUGUCUACAACAAUAAGAAGACUGGAUACGACGCCAAGUUCGAAAAAGACGGAUGUGGCCAAGAGAUUGUUCCUCUUGUGAUCGUUGACACAUGCAACAGUGUGUCCUCCUCUACUUAUUCAUACAAACAGGGCAACAAUAAGUCAACGUGGUUGGAAACCAAAUCUGCAAGUUUCAGCGGCAGUGAGAAGAGCAACGUCUGCGACGAGGAUCUAAAGUCACCGACACUGAAACGCUCCCAGACAGAACAAACCACUGUUGUUUAUUGGGUGAGCUAUAUGCAGAGCAAUCAAAGGGUCUUGUUGUUCACUCAACAGGAGGCAGUGUUUUUAAAAGCGAAGAACAUCAUCGAUCCUGAACCAAGCAAAAAAGAGAUAUUCGUUUCCUUUGCUGGCAUUGGCGUUAGCAUUGUAACAAAAUCAAACGAAAUACUGAGGGAGUUGGUGUACGCCAACGUGACAGACUCUGCGGCUCACUGGGAGCUUUACUUUGGCAGAAAAUGGAAAAGUUUAUCGCUGGAGUUGAGCGCAUGGAUAGAGAGCAAAUAUGUAAAUUCUUGUAAAAAGGCUCAGUUAGACAAUUUAAUUGACGUUGAUCUUGUAAAAAUGCACAUAACUAAGCCGUUCUUUGGAAAACUGAGAAGAACCUACUCUCCAGCCAUUUGGUUGCACAUUAGGAAAUCUAUGACGUUGACUUACUUGCAAGGACAUGUGCAUAGAAUACAGAUUGAUAAUCAAAUCCGUAAUACAACCUUCCCAGUAGUUUUAUACUCGAACUUGCAAAAGAGUGUUUUCAAUCACGUUGGAAACCCUAAAUUGAAGCACUGUAUUGAAUUUACUGGUUUGAAGCAAAAGAAGCUAAAUUAUAACGUUUACAAAGGUAUUUGCAUCAUAAUUCGGGAAUUUGAUUUGAAUCUACAAGAAGGUUUCCUUCUCUCUUUAAUCGACUUAAUCCCAAAGAAACCGGUGACUAAAUAUUCUAUUGCUGCAAAACUGAGGAAAGACGUUUCGAGCGUGCACAUUUUGCCUUCUAACAGGAAUAACGAGUUGCAGAGUUCGUCUGUUAAAAAGAGGAAUAUAAUAGAACAGUUGUAUAUUUCUCCGAUCUUAGUACGUUUAAUAUUGCUGGCUGACACAGAGAGACCUAAUAUUUAUAAUAUCAGUGAUAUUGCAGAUUAUAAAAAUAUUGUCAGAUUUAUUUUUGAAUACUCUGAGAAUGGGAGCUCCGAAAAACAUGCUGAAUUCAGACUCCCUUGUUACCAAAAGAACUUUAUUACCGUUAAUAAUGCGGAACUUUUGUUUGAUUUAUCACGGUCAUAUGCGGCUCAAGCUAUGCAACAGUUUCAGGUGUUGAUUCGCUCAACUACCGUUCUAGGAAAUCAGUAUGGCUACAACUUUAAAUCACCAGGAGAUAACUUUUACGAGGCUAAUACCUUGAUUCUGUGCGGUGACGAAAUAGCAGAGAAACUGAGCCACGAGAUAGCAUGUCAAUUGGGCUAUGCCACGGUAGACUCUAUACAGACGACAGCCUUUAAUUUUGACUUUGAACUUCACGUAACACCAGUUAAGACAAAAGAGCCAUGCUUUCAAAACCAGGAUGUACCUCCUUUGAAUCCUUUGAUUCGUACCUCAUUUUCUACAGAGAUUGAAUUAGAAACUUCCAACUUAGUGACUGCGUUUAUAAAUAGUGUUCACCAGGAAGAGUUGAAGUAUUUCUUCAGAACCUUAGGAAAGAAAACAUCAAUAUUUUUUCAUACUGAAAGUUCCUCCCUGAAAGCUUACUCGAAAGUGAUAGCGGACAUAAUUAAAAGGGCACAAGAAAUAGGUCAUAAGUUUAUAUCUCGCAUACGCUUACCACGUUACGUCAAUCCAUAUAAGGGAAUCGAGAUAUUCUCAGUUCACAAAGCGAAAGGAAUGCACAUUUUGACUUUAAUAAAUAAAAAUCCUUGUAUGGAAGCAGACACGUAUUGGGCGCAUGCUGCUUUGUCUAACGAUGGGAAACAUAUAGCACUGGUUUCUUUGCAGCGUCUAUACUUUAUCGAGAAAGGAUGCGUAUGGGGAUCUUUGAAUGUAAAAUGGACAUUGGAAACACAUCAGCUGCUAUCACCUACAACUGUAGUCAAUAAUAAACUAAUCCUACAUGUGAACAAGAACGAAGACAGCUUAUCGCCCAUGGGAGAUUGGUAUUUGGAAAGCGAAGCGACAGAUAUUCUGGAGUGGCUGUGCCAGAAAAUAAAUAUAGCCAUGAUCUUGAACAUGGAGAACGGUAUAUGUUCAAACCAAGUUGUGUAACUGGAACCCAAACUAUAAAAGAAAGAUCAUUGUAUAUUUAAAUUAAUCAGGCACAAUAAAUUCUCCAAUGAACGCAA